GGGGGCCGCAGCUGAGGCGGCGGCUGAGGCGGGAGCGGGAGCAGGUGCCGCCGGCGCCGCUGAGGUAACGGGGCCGGGGCGGCCCCGCCGCCCUCCCGAGCGCUGCCCGCCGGCCCUUCCCUCCGCAGCAUGCACCCGGCGGGGGUCUGCGCCGCCUCGCUGGGCUCCCUGGGGCUGCUGCGCUUCCUGGGCGCUCCCUGGCCCUGGAGCUUGGCCGCCACCUUCGGCGUGUGCCUGGGCGGCGGGGGAUGGCGGCUGCUGCGCCUGCUCUUCAGGACGGCUCCGCGGGACCUCUUCGGCCUCGCGGUGCUGCUCCGCGUCAAGUACGAGUUGCGAAGGCACCAAAAAGCCAAAAACACCGUCCCCAAGAUGUUCCAGGACGUCGUCCGCAGGCACCCGGACAAAACAGCCUUGAUUUACGAGGCGACCGGGGAGCGCUGGAGCUUCCGGAGGCUGGACGAGUAUUCCAACGCCGUUGGUAACUAUUUCCAGCAAGAAGGCUUCCUCCCCGGCGACGUGAUCGCCGUGUUCAUGGAGAGCCGGCCCGAGUUCGUCGGGCUGUGGCUGGGGAUGGCGAAAAUCGGCGUGGAGGCGGCUCUGAUCAACUUCAACCUGCGGCUGGACUCUCUGGUUUACUGCGUGACCACGUCGGGCGCCAAGGCCGUGAUUUUCGGCGGGGAGCUGUCGUCAGCCAUAUGUGAAGUGAACGGGAUGCUGGGGAAGAACAUGGUCAAGUUCUGCUCCGGCGAAUACAACCCCGACGUGGUUCCCGCGGACACGCGGCAUCUCGAUCCCCUCCUGAGCGCGACAGCGAAGUCGCCCCCGACUCAGGUUCCGCUCAAAGGUUUAGACGACCGGCUCUUCUACAUCUACACGUCGGGGACCACGGGGAUGCCCAAAGCCGCCAUCGUGGUGCACAGCAGGUAUUACCGCAUCGCCGCCUUUGGCUACUACGCCUACAGGAUGCGGCCGGAGGACGUCGUCUACGACUGCCUCCCGCUCUACCACUCGGCAGGGAACAUCAUGGGAGUCGGGCAGUGUCUGCUCCACGGCCUCACCGUGGUCAUCAGGAAGAAGUUCUCGGCCAGCCGCUUUUGGGACGACUGCGCCAAAUACCGCUGCACGAUUAUUCAGUAUAUCGGGGAAAUCUGCAGGUACCUUCUGAACCAGCCGGUGCGAGAGUGCGAAUCGCGGCACUGCGUGCGGCUGGCGGUGGGCAACGGCCUGCGCCCCGCCAUAUGGGAGGAUUUUACCAAGCGCUUCCGAAUUAAGCAGAUCGGCGAGUUCUACGGAGCCACCGAGUGUAACUGCAGCAUCGCCAACCUGGACGGGAAGGUCGGUGCCUGCGGUUUCAACAGCCGCAUUUUGCCCAACUUCUACCCCAUCCGCUUGGUGAAGGUGAACGAGGACACGAUGGAGCCGGUCCGGGAUUCCGGCGGGCUGUGCAUCCCCUGUGGCCCAGGAGAACCGGGGCUGCUGGUGGGGCAGAUCGACCAGCGGGACCCGCUGCGCCGCUUCGACGGCUACGUCAGCCCCAGCGCCACCAGCAAGAAGAUCGCCCGCGACGUGCUGCGCAAGGGCGACCAGGCCUACCUCUCAGGAGACGUGUUGGUGAUGGACGAGCUGGGUUACAUGUAUUUCAAGGACCGCGGCGGCGACACGUUCCGCUGGCGCGGGGAGAACGUCUCCACCACCGAGGUGGAGGGAACGCUGAGCCGCGUCCUCGACCAGACGGACGUCGCCGUGUACGGGGUGGAAGUACCAGGGGUGGAGGGCAAAGCGGGGAUGGCGGCGAUCGCCGACCCCAAGGCCAAGCUCAACCCCAAGGUCCUGUACCAGGAGCUGCAGAAGGUUUUGCCGCCCUACGCCCGGCCCGUCUUCCUCCGGCUGCUGCCACAGGUCGACACCACAGGUACGUUUAAGAUCCAGAAAACCCGCUUGCAGAGGGAAGGCUUCGACCCCCACCAGAGCUCCGACCGCUUGUAUUUCCUGGACGCCAAGCUGGGGAAAUACGUCCCGCUGGACGAGCGCCUGUACGAGAGGAUUUGUGCUGGAAAAGCCGCUUUGUGAGCCGGGGGAUUCGGCUCUUUGGAGGAAAACCACGACUCAUCGCCCCCUCGGGCGCAUUAACCCGGCGUCCCGUUAACCCCUAGAGAGCGUUUGUGUAACCGCUGCAGCCGGCGCGGUUCACCGAGCCGCCCGGCGCUACUCACCGACGUAGCCGGUUUUUAACCUCACUUGCGUUAGGUCACGUUUUAGCCCUCUGAGGGCGUUUAAAACAGAAAUAAACGACUGUGGAGGGUGGUGGCAGCCUUGGGCUGCUGGCUGAGGCCUCACCCAGCCCAGCAGGGCGUUUGUGCUUGGACAAGCGAGCACCGGGUAAAGCUGUGUGAGCUCA